AUUUCGUCUCCCAGGACUCUUACUACGGAAAUACCUUCAUACCUGUGCUACCACGACUCGAUCCAGUGCCUUUGAACUAAAAUAAUGGCUUGUAUAAAGCUAAAAAAGUUGGAGGAGUACUUACAUGGAGUAGAUACAUUUGAAAAGCCGAAAAUCAAAUUAGAACAAUACAUAACACCGCCCCACAUAGCUAGUUGCGUGCUUUAUAACAUUCAGACCCUAUACGGAGAUAUUGAAGGAAAAUAUGUAGGAGACUUAGGGUGUGGAAGUGGCAUGCUAAGUAUCGGUUCAUUCUUACUUGGUGCUGGCAUGACCACAGGUUUUGAAAUCGAUGACGAUGCUCUAAAUAUUUUUCAAACCAAUGUAACAGACAUGGAAUUGCCUGGUAUAGAUUGUGUUUUAUGUGACGUACUAACGUUGUCUAACAAUGAAAAAUGGGAAAACGCGUUUGACACAAUUGUUACCAACCCUCCAUUCGGGACGAAAAAUAAUAGUGGAAUCGAUAUGUUGUUUGUUCAGACUGGUGUAAAUCUAGCUUCGCGAGCAGUUUAUUCAUUUCACAAAAGUUCCACACGGGACUACAUUCAUAAAAAGGUGAAAGAUUGGAACGUAAAAGGGAAUGUGGUUGCGGAACUGAAGUAUAAUAUUGACACCAGUUAUUCCUUUCACAAAAGCAAAAGCGUUGACAUCAAUGUGGAUUUUUGGAGAUUUGAUGUAUCUGAGAAAAACCUUUGAUUUGAUUCACUACAUAAAAUAUUUUGAAUUUAUUCUUUCAUUUAUUUCAAAUACCAAGAAAAUGUAUACAUAAGUGUGUAUGUA